CAGUCGUAUAUAGGGUAGUUAUACCGCUCAAAAGUAUGAGGUUUAAACAAACAGGGCUUGAUAGCUCAACGUGGUUUUAAUAUAUUCGGAAGUCAAGUGAUAUUACUUCAACGAUACUUUUUGGUGAUAAAUCUUUCAGAAGUUGAUUAAAUAUAAACACUAUAUGUAUGAGCAAUUUUUUAGAGCAACUUCGAUCAAAUUUACUAUUUUUUUUUGUUGAACAUCUGCUUCGAAGUUUUCUCAGCGAAGUUUAGAGUUUGACCCAUUUCUUUGUGACAUGGCGGAAGAAGUCGAUUCUAACAAAUGUCAAAGUCCUGAAGAGCCCUUACAUUCUUAUAUGCAGUCCUUGCAACUAUCAUCGCAGGAUGGAAAAGAUGAAGAAUCAAAGGAGUCAUCAAAAAUGGUACUAAGAAAGAAAGUUAGACCCCUCAAUGGUUUAAAACGUAGAGUAAAGACUGAACCGAAAAAAAUUAAAAUAGAUCUCAGUGAUGAAGAACGCUUGAAAAUUUUCUAUACAAGUGCAAACAAAAAUUUCAAAAAACCUCAUAGCACAUGUCUAGAAACAAUAUUUGAGGAGCCACAUAGCAAUGCUGAUAAAAUAAUAUACAUUGGUGGCAGAAAAAUAAGAAGAUCAUUAAAUUUAGAAUCUAGUAGUGUAUUGAAUGGGAAAAUAAAAAAACGAAAGGCUAAAAUAAAGAAGUUUUUCGGAAAGCUAAAUCGUUUUAAAGGUGUAUCUCAAGAGCAAUUGCUAUUAAAUUUGUCAUCAUUGGAUGGAAAGGAAGAAUGACAUUUUAUAACU